AUCUUCACAGCUCCAGCCUGAACGCUGCCAUUCUCCAUAGCCCGGAGUUACACGCGAACACGACAAAGCAGCACGAAAGUGAGAGGAAGAGAGAGAGCAAGUGGCAUAAAGUAUACAUAAAAAAAUAAAAACAUAAAGCGAAGCUUUCACGCCUCGAGAAAGAGAGAAAAAGUACACGAUUAAGUUAGAAGGCGUUUUGGUGGUAAACUUUUCUGGGCUGUGGCAGAACAACGUGGACCGCGUAAGAUGCCUGAGCAAAAGUGUUGAAGUUUCCAGAAAAUAAAGGAAGACGGCAGAGUUUGAGCAUUAGCCUGGGCACUUCAGAAGGAACUAGGGCAGACAACGGUCCACUGUAGGGGACUGGUGAAGAAACAACACAUUAAGAGAUGGAUGACGAGCAGGACACAAGGGAAGUUCUCUUCCCUCAGUGGAUGGGCCCUGAUAAACAUGGGCUCACCAUAGAACAAACAGGUCAAGGAGAGAUUUUUGUCACAGAGGUGAAAGAAGAGUCCCCUGCUGCUCACACUGGGAGAGUACAUCAAGGUGACCAAAUAGUUGGGGCUACCAUUUACUUUGACAACAUGUCCUCAGAGGAAACAGCUGAGCUACUAAAGACUUUAAACAAACAUAAGGUUGGACUCAAAUUGCAAAACAAGACUGGAGACAAGUCACCUUGCCGCUCUCCAGUGGGGACGUUGUCCUGGGAAGGGCGUGCAGGGUUUGGGGGGUCUAGUUCAGACAUUCUCCUGAGUGGAGAUGAUGAAGACUACAGGAGAAUCUACACGAAGAAGAUUAAACCCAGACUGAAGUCGGAAGAUCUUGCUGAGGGUGUUGAUGUGCGAACAGAACGUCAUAGCAGCACAAGUAGUGAUGGUUGCACCGUAACUACAGUUACACGUCGAAUAACUACCUACACUGUGGAUGUGCCUGGGGGAACUGAUGAGCAAACUUAUUACUCAAGCCCUGAGUUCAAAUUUCAGGUCUCUGAGCAUGAGCAGUUGGAGGGCGAUUCUUCCCAUAUCAGAUUACCACAUGGCAGUGCACAAGGAGGUAUAAAAAUGGGAGAGAUAUCUCUUGGAGAACCCAAGGUUACUGGUUCUUCUGUGAAGCACUUUAGCACUGGAUCUGUCAAAACAACAAGCGAAUUAGAUAGGAGUGAGAGGGAAACUAGAAUUAAUGUAUCAGACACUGGACUGUUAGAGGGAAAAGUACAGGGACGUUCAAGUUUAAUAGGUGGAACUGAAUUUGCUACAACACAGGGGCCUGUUUUGGACACUCAUGUUUCAGGUUUUUCCCUUACUGGAGGUACAGGGGUCAGAAACAUAACAGGAAUGGGCAAAGAUUAUGCGUCUGUUGCCCUUAAAGAUGAGUCUGAUGAUAAAACCAAAUUGUCUAAAUUUAGCAUAGAUAUUCAACGACCCAAGAUGAAUAUUAAACGUUCUGAGGGUGAAAUCAGUCAGAGUUCUGAUGGCACCAUGCAUGGGUUAGAAGAUAAGGUAAAACUACCAAAACUUGAAUCUAGCAAAUCCGUUCAAUCAGUCCCCACCAUGGAAAUUAGUGGUGCAUUCCAGAAACCCCAUCUCAAAUGGCAAACAACUGGUACUGCAGAUAAUUCUAGUCUAGAAGUAAAUUUUAGCAAUCAGAACCUCACAGAUAAUAGAGGUUUAGAAAUAACUAGGAAUCAGGAUGUGUCACUUCCAAAGAUUAAGGGUCAAACAGAGACAAAAUCAUUUGGAAUGAAAGGCUCUAAUUUAGAAGGGUCCAAAAUGGAUACUGAUGUUUCACUGACUUGUAUUAAAAUGAAAACACCCAAAAUAGACGAUAUUGCCUCAGAUCUUAAAGUUCAAGGCCCGUCAGUCUCUGGCCCAAAACUUUCUUUGUCUGGUGUGGAUGCCAAUCUUAAAGGGCCAGACCUAAAAAGAGAUGUCAAUGUGACCGUGUCAAAUGUUGAAGGGGGUGUUACAGGACCACAAAUUGAAAUCGGUCAACAUUCCUUUGGAAUAAAGGGUGGCAAGAUUGAGGGUCAAGAUGGGAAAAUGUCAACAAUUGGUGUGGCAGUUAAGGGACCAGAGGUCAGCAUUAAAGAUUCAAAGUUUGAUAUUGAAGGACCCAAUGGAAACAUCAAAGGCCCUGAACUAAAGAUGUCAUCAGACUCUGGUCCUGAGAUUUCUAUGUCUGAUAUGGACAUCAACUUUAAAGGACCAAAACUUAAGGGAGAUGCUAACAUUUCAGUUCAUACAGUAGAUGUUAAGGCAUCAAAAGUUAAAAUUGAAGGCUCAGACAUUGAAGGUACUGAGGGUGGUUUCAAGAUGCCAAAGGUCAAAACACCCUCAUUUGGAGUCAAAGGACCAAAUUACGAGGGUCACAAUGUUGAUGUUACAAUUCCCAAGGCCAAAGUGGAUAUUAAAGCACCAGAAGUGGAUAUCAAGGGUCCAGAGCUUAACGUUGAGGGAACUGACGUAAAAGUCAAGAGCUCCAAAUUCAAGAUGCCAUCAGUUUCUGGUCCAAAGUUUUCUAUGCCAGACAUGGAUAUGAACCUUAAAGGGCCCAAACUGAAAGGUGAUGUUGAUGUGUCAGUUCCAAAAGUUGAGGGGGAUUUCAAAGCACCAAAAGUUGAAAUUGAAGGCCCAGACUUUGAAGGUCCUGAGGGUGGUUUCAAGAUGCCAAAGUUCAAAAUGCCCUCAUUUGGACUCAAAGGGCCAAAAUUCGAAGGUCCCGAUGUUGAUGUGAAAAUCCCCAAGGCCGAGGUGGAUAUUAAAGCACCAGAUGUGGAUAUCAAGGGUCCAGAGCUUGACAUUGAGGGACCUGAGGGUAAAAUCAAAGGCCCAAAAUUCAAGAUGCCAUCGAUGUCUGGUCCAAAGAUCUCUAUGCCAGAUGUAGAUUUCAACCUUAAAGGGCCCAAACUGAAAGGUGACUUUGAUGUGUCAGUUCCAAAAAUUGAGGGAGAUUUUAAAUCACCAAAAGUCGAAAUUGAAGGCCCAGACAUUGAAGGUCCUGAGGGCAGUUUCAAGAUGCCGAAGAUCAAAAUGCCCUCAUUAGGAGGUCCUGAUUUUAAUGUGAAAAUCCCCAAGGCCGAAGCAGAUAUCAAAGCACCAGAUGUGGAUAUCAAGGGUCCAACAUUUGACAUUGAGGGACCUGAGGGUAAAAUCAAGGGCCCCAAAUUCAAGAUGCCAUCAAUCUCUGGUCCAAAGAUUUCUAUGCCAGAUGUGGAUUUGAAGCUUAAAGGGCCCAAACUGAAGGGUGAUGUUGAUGUGUCUGUUCCAAAUGUUGAAGGCUGUUAUGUCCAAUCGCCAGCGAUAGACAUAGAAGGCCCUAAUGUAGAUUUAGAUGUUCCAGAAGCAAGUGUGAAAAAAUCAAAGUUCAAAAUGCCCAAGUUUGGAUUUAAAGGGCCAAAGAUUGAUGCCCCUGAUAUGGAUGUCAAGCUUCCAAAAGGACCAAAAGUGAAUGUUCAAGGUCCAGAUGUUGAUAUCACAGCACCUAAUAUCAAAGCUAAAGGAUCCAAAUUUAAAAUGGGAUCAAUUUCAGCUCCAAAAAUGUCUUUACCUGAUGUUGACCUAAACAUAAAAGGGUCAAAAAUGAAAGGUCAAGCUGGAGUCAGUAUGGAGGGGGAUGUCGGUGUACCAAAAUUGGAAGUUGAUUCUCCAAAUGUUGAUGUUAAAAGUCCAGAUGGAGGGUUCAAGAUGCCAAAGUUUAAAAUGCCAAAAUUUGGAUUUAAGUCACCUAAAGGAGACAUUGAUGCAAGUCUACCUGGUAGUGAUAUCAGUAUAAAAACUCCAGACAUUGACAUAAAAAAUCCUCAUGUUGAUGUCAAAACUCCAGAUCUUGACAUUGAAGGCCCUGAGGGAAAGAUCAAGGGACCCAAGUUUAAAAUGCCAUCGAUAUCUGGUCCAAAAAUGUCCAUGCCAGAUCUAGACUUCAAUCUUAAAGGUCCUAAAGUAAAGGGUGAUGUGGAUGUUUCGGUGCCGAAGAUUGAAGGAGACCUCAAGACUCCAAAGUUAGACAUUGAGGGUCCUGAUAUUAAUAUUGAGGGCCCAGAAGGUGGUUUCAAAAUGCCCAAAAUCAAAAUGCCAUCAUUUGGACUCAAGGGUCCUAAAUUGGAGGGUCCAGAUAUUGACAUAAACCUGCCAAAAGCUGAUGUUGACAUUAAAGGACCUGAAAUUGACAUUGAAGGACCUGAAGGAAAAAUCAAAGGACCCAAGUUUAAAAUGCCCUCGAUAUCUGGUCCAAAGAUCUCCAUGCCAGAUGUGGACUUCAAUCUUAAAGGGCCCAAAGUCAAGGGGGACGUCAAUGUUUCUGUGCCCAACAUUGAAGGAGACCUCAAGUCUCCAAAAUUAGACAUUGAAGGCACUGAUGUUAAUAUUGAGGGCCCAGAAGGUGGUCUGAAGAUGCCUAAAAUCAAAAUGCCAUCAUUUGGACUCAAGGGUCCUAAAUUGGAGGGUCCAGAUAUUGACAUAAACCUGCCAAAAGCUGAUGUUGACAUUAAAGGUCCCGAAUUUGACAUUGAAGGACCUGAUGGAAAAAUCAAAGGACCCAAGUUUAAAAUGCCCUCAAUAGCUGGACCAAAGAUCUCCAUGCCAGAUGUGGACUUCAAUCUGAAAGGGCCCAAAGUCAAGGGUGAUGUCAAUGUUUCUGUGCCCAAGAUUGAAGGAGAACUAAAGUCUCCAAAAUUAGACAUUGAAGGUCCUGAUGUUAAUAUUGAGGGCCCAGAAGGUGGUCUGAAGAUGCCAAAAUUCAAAAUGCCAUCAUUCGGACUAAAGGGUUCUAAAAUGGAAGGUCCAGAGAUUGACGUAAACCUGCCAAAAGCUGAUGUUGACAUUAAAGGUCCUGAAUUUGACAUUGAAGGACCUGAAGGAAAAAUCAAAGGACCCAAGUUUAAAAUGCCCUCAAUAUCUGGUCCGAAGAUCUCCAUGCCAGAUGUGGACUUCAAUCUUAAAGGGCCCAAAGUCAAGGGUGAUGUCAAUGUUUCUGUGCCCAAGAUUGAAGGAGAACUGAAGUCUCCAAAAUUAGACAUUGAAGGUCCUGAUGUUAAUAUUGAGGCCCCAGAAGGUGGUUUGAAGAUGCCAAAAUUCAAAAUGCCAUCAUUUGGACUCAAGAGUCCUAAAAUGGAAGGUCCAGAUAUUGACAUAAACCUGCCAAAAGCUGAUGUUGACAUUAAAGGUCCUGAAUUUGACAUUGAAGGACCUGAUGGAAAAAUCAAAGGACCCAAGUUUAAAAUGCCCUCGAUAUCUGGUCCAAAGAUCUCUAUGCCAGAUGUGGACUUCAAUCUUAAAGGGCCCAAAGUCAAGGGUGAUGUGGAUGUUUCUGUGCCAAAGAUUGAAGGAGACCUCAAGUCUCCAAAAUUAGACAUUGAAUGUCCUGAUGUUAAUAUUGAGGGUCCUAAAGGAGGUUUCAAGAUGCCUAAAAUCAAAAUGCCAUCUUUUGGUUUCAAGGGACCUAAAGUGGAGGCUCCUGAGAUUGAUGUGAAUCUUCCAAAAGCUGAUCUUGACAUCAAAGGUCCUGAAUUUGAUAUUAAAACUCCAGAUGUUGACAUUGAAGGACCUGAAGGGAAAAUCAGAGGACCCAAGUUUAAAAUGCCAUCGAUAUCUGGUCCAAAAAUGUCCAUGCCAGAUGUAGACUGGAAUCUUAAAGGCCCCAAAGUCAAGGGUGACGUGGAUGUAUCUGUGCCAAAGAUUGAAGGAGACCUAAAGGCUCCAAAAUUAGACAUUAAGGGUCCUGAUGUUAAUAUUGAAGGUCCUGAUGGUGGUUUCAAGAUGCCAAAAAUCCAAAUGCCAUCAUUUGGACUCAAAGGUCCUAAAGUGGAUGGUCCAGAUAUUGACGUGAGCCUGCCUAAAGCUGAUCUUGACAUCAAAGGUCCUGAAUUUGACAUUAAAACUCCAGAUCUUGACAUUGAAGGACCUGAGGGAAAAAUUAAGGGACCCAAGUUUAAAAUGCCAUCGAUAUCUGGUCCAAAGAUCUCCAUGCCAGAUGUAGACUUUAAUCUUAAAGGCCCCAAAGUCAAGAGUGGUGUGGAUGUUUCUGUGCCAAAGAUUGAAGGAGAUCUAAAGGCUCCAAAAUUAGACAUUGAGGGUCCUGAUGUUAAUAUUGAAGGUCCAGAAGGCCGUGUGAAGAUGCCCAAAAUCAAAAUGCCAUCAUUUGGAUUAAAGGGUCCAGAGAUUGACGUAAACAUGCCAAAAGCUCAUGUUGACAUUAAUGCUCCUGAUUUUGACAUUGAAGGACCUGAGGGAAAUAUUAAGGGACCCAAGUUUAAAAUGCCGUCGAUAUCUGGUCCAAAGAUCUCCAUGCCAGAUGUAGACUUCAAUCUUAAAGGCCCCAAAGCCAAGGGUGAUGUAGAUGUUUCAAUACCAAAGUUUGAAGGAGACCUAAAAACUCCUAAAUUAGACAUUGAAGGACCUGAUGUUAAUAUGGAGGGUCCAGAAGGUGGUCUGAAGAUGCCUAAAAUCAAAAUGCCAUCCUUUGGACUCAAAGGUCCUAAAAUGGAAGGUCAAGAGAUUGACUUAAACCUGCCAAAAGCUGAUGUUGACAUUAAAGGUCCUAAAAUUGACAUUGAGGGUCCAGAGGGUGGUUUAAAACUACAGUCUCCAAAUGUUGACGUUUCUGGCAUUAAAAUGAAAGGUGGCAGCCCUGAUGUCGUCAUAAGCGGACCAGAUGCAAACAUCAAACUGCCUAAAACAAAGAAACCAAAAUUUAGUCUUGGAGGUAAAAGCUCAAAAUUAGAUGUAGGAAUUCCUGAUGCUGGUGGCAGUGUAGAAGGACCUGAUAUAAACUUAGAUGUGAAAGGAAAGAAGGGUAAAUUCAAAGUAGCAAAAGGAAAGUCAAAACCUUUCGAUAGUGAUGUGAAAACUGGAAAUAUUAAGCUGGAGACGAAUGAAACGGACUUACAGUUGAAGCCAGCCAAAGUAAAAAAAUCUCUUUUUGGAAAGCUGCAUUUUCCUGAUGUGGAAUUUGACAUAAAAUCUCCAAAAGUUAAAGGAGCUGUUAAAUCAUCCUAUGUUGAUUUGCAAUCACCAAACCUUAAAACUGAUAUUCAGGGUGUUGAUAUUCAGACCCCAGGUACUAGUUUGGAGAGCCCAGAUUUGAAAACAAAAGGGGGCAAAAUAAAAAUGCCAAAAACUAGUACUUCAGGAAAGAGCGUUAGCUUGAGUGCUCCAUAUGUAGGGGGAUCUGGCAUUAAUGGAAAGGGCAGUGCAAAGUUUGAUGUAGAAGGAAGAACACAGAAUGUUGAGUUGGCAGUACCAUCUGUAGAUGUGCAAGGUGGUGAUGUUAAUGCUGGUUUAAAUCUUUCUGAACAAAAGGCUGUAAAAGGGAGGAUUGAAAUGUCAGACUUGGAUGUAAGUGGACAAUCAAGAGAAAUUUCAGGUGGGAUGGAGUACCAAGAAGGACAUGUAACCUUUCCCAAGAUCAGAGUACCCAAGUUUGGUAUUGCAUUGCCUAAAGUAGAAGGAAAAGAGAUGGGAGUAGGUGUAGGUUCAGGAGAGUUGGCUGCUAGUGGUAAUGUCAGUUCCCAGAGUCUGGAAAUGGACACUACAGAUGUGAAGAACAGUGGUGCAAAAAUGAAAGUCAAAAUGCCAAAACUGUUUAUAAAAUCUAAAUCUAAAGGUGGUAGUGCAGCUGAUCUUAAUGUUCAGGGAGAAGAAACUGAUGUUGCCAUCAAAGGUGGUGCAAAAGUGUCUAAGGAGAUGAGUCUUAGUUCUGGGGAAUUGGCAAGUGGCAGAAUUGCAGUAGAAGGAUUAAAAGUUUCACCAAAAAGUAAAUCUGCCUCGCUUGAUCUCUUCAAAAAGUCACGGCAUCGCUCUUCAUCAAUGAGUGAUGAGGGAGGUUUAAGUUCCCCCGUUUCUACUGAGGGGCACUUACAGGCAGAGGGUGGCAACAUUUCAGUAGAUGUUGGAGAAACAAAGGUCAAAGGUAAAAAAGGAAAGAUCAAGUUUGCUACAAUUGGAGGUUUUGGCUCUAAAAGUAAAGGCUCAUAUGAAGUGACACUUGGAGGUGAAAGUGAGGCUAAGAUUGGGGGUGCUAGUGGUGGAAUUGCUCAGCCUUCAAAGAAAUCCAGAAUGUCGUCAUCCUCUAGUACUGAUAGUGGUUCAAAAGGUAGUUUUCGGUUACCAGAACUUGAAAUAGCAGUUUCACCAAAGAAAUGAUGUUCAUACCCGUAUCAAUACGAAGAACAUUCACACACAUCAAGUAUGUUUUCUAGACAGCUAAUAUAAAUCUGUCUCAUUUAAGCAAUAGUGCACUGCUAUACACUUCAUUUGUUCCAAAUUUUCUUUACUGGCAUUGAUAUCUAUUUCCAGCUUAACUGUAAAUAAGAGAGAUCUGUAUUUUACCUUUUGUAGAUAAGAAAAACAAUCCAAUUCCACCAUGUGUGUAGUGAAAUGAAAAGUCUGCAUCUGAUUUUGCUUUUCAUCUGAUAGUUUGUUAUAUUUUUGUACCUUUUGAAAGUUUUGGGAAAUGGUUAAGUUUACUCUUACUGCUGUCUUUCUUAAACCUUUUCUGAGCACAUGUAUGCUAAACAAAAUACUUUUUUUACUUUGAUAUGAAAGGAUUUUAUAAUGUUAAAGCUUCAAUUAAAUAUUCAGUGCUGUACCGCAUUUACUUUUCACAGAUAAUUAAUUUUAACAGUGACAGAUCUAACCAUUUAAAAAGCACAAUGAUGUUUAAGGGCUGUACAAACUGUAAAUAUACUUAGAUUCAUAUGGGAUGACAUAACUUUGUCUCCCAAAUAAUACCACAGUUUGAAUAUUCUAUUCUAAUGGAAUUUAUACAGAGAUUGUAAUCUUCUAAAAGUAUUUAUAUCUAAGAUUCUUUAAAAAAAAAAAACUAAAUUUAAAAUGCACAAUCAACACCAGCACGUGGCUGAAUAAAGAGGCUCGCUAUGAUUUUAAUUUUUCUAAGGUAUUUAUUCAUAGUUAUGUCUUCCACAUUUCGAUUCAAAUCUCUCUCAUCCUCUCACUAAAUAUCCACCCUUUGAAAUGUUGUGCUGCCAUGUGGUGAUAUAACUACAAGCAUGAUAAUGCCCGUGAUGAAGACAUAUAUAUAUUGAAUAAAAUGUGCAUUGCCAUUGUAAAUAAUGGGACAUUUAGGCUGCAAGUUUCUGCCUUUUUCAUGUCAAUUGCAAAAAUUUAAAUAAAGUGUUUGAUUACCAGUA